CCGAAAAAGCAGUAUGAUGGCCGCGACCUUCAGGAGGGAGGGCACGCAGGUGCUGCCCUUGAACAUGCGAGUUCUGAGGGGACGAGUCCGCCGUUGAAUGAGGACAGCGCACAUGAUGACCGCCAGCACUUCUCUCCGCCACCGCGUAGCGGCCGACCUUCCUACCACCGCCGACACACGAUCAAUGCCUUUACGUACGAUUCGCCCCCAAGUAGACCGGCGCAUCAAGCACCACAAGCAGCAGGACACGAAAUUCUAACUCCCGUCGGAGUUCUCUCCCCGGCUAGUGCCAGUAUCGCAAAAAUGGGCAGGCGGCGGUCGUCCGCUUGUUUCAGUCCUACUUUGCUGGAACAUGAGGAAGAUCUGGAUCAUGUGCAUUUUCACAAUGCACAAGGGGAUCGCUCCUUUCACGGGAAAAAACAGCAUUUUCCACUGUCCCCAUCUUCACCUGCUACCCUCGAGCCGCCCGAUAACCAUAACUUCGACGAACAUUAUGACCACUGCAGCAGAACCUCGAGCCAAAGCUCGGCGUUUUUUCAGCGCGCGGGGCCGUUCGCAGCGCCAGUGGCCGCAAGUGGUCGAUCAUACGAAGGCGGUGUCGAUCAUAGGGAGAACAUAGACCACGACGGCUUUGACUACAAGAACUCUACGGAUAUUCAAGAAAGAGCACCACAGGCUGCGCCCCCUGCAGGCGAAAUCCAGAAUGGAAACGAGCAACGAGAGCAAACGCAAAGGAAAAAAAUCAGCCAAAUAAACUCACAGCUCUGCAUGACAUUUCUGCACGCCGUUGCCUGUGGGUUGUUGGAAGAAGGGGAAGGUUUGAUUGUGGAAAAGCUCCUGCAAAAAACGAUGACCUCUCGAGGCAUGUUGACAGCUGCAAGAAUACCAGAUCAUGCGCAAGAACAACCUGUGGUCUCAGACACAAGAAAAGAACAUCAUCAGCUGGUAGGAAUAGGACCUGAGAACGCGGCCCUCGAGGACCACGGGCAGGAUAUGAAGAAGCACAGCGUAGUUAACGUCACGCAGCAGGAGGGUGCUGGCAAGACGACAACAACGAUGCCCCAGCAAACUAGCAGCUAUGCCUCCGCCGCCCAUCUUCAAAAUAGAACAGACAACGACAUCAAAACCAUAAGCAAGAAAAGCUCGUCUACUUCGCGCAGAGGCCCCCGGGGCGAACCGCAACUCCCACUGUCCCUGAGGUUGCGGAAAGUGCUGAAGACGGAGUUUGUGGGUAUGUUGCUCGGUGGUCGGGAGAUGUUGACAUCAGGGGCCACAAAUUGCCGUGGCCACAUUGACAACUUCGAAAAAAUUCUCCUCACCGCGUACGAAAACUUCGUGCAGAAGCAGUCUGUAUGCAUUGCAAAAGUAACGUACUAGUAUAAAUUGCAUUACAAAUUUUGACAAGGUAAAAAAUGGAAUUUGUAAAUGCUGUUUUACCUUAGGAGGAAGAUUUGUCAUGCGUAUUUGCAAUUGGUACGAGUACGACAAUACUUUUGCACAGCAUAGUCUGUUUUUCCGUUCUCAGAGCUGCUCCAGUGGUCCAGAACACAACAUGAAAAUACAUGCCUUGCCAUGGACUGCUUUCAGCUACAGAAGACACCGCCCAACAACGGAGCCGAAAGGCGAGACACAGAAGACCACAUAAAUGCAUCAACUUCGGCUUCACAACUCUCCCGCCACGAAAUCCAAAAGCUUCGCCCCUACUUCCUCGUCGAAAAGCUGUUCACUUUGCCGAAUUUUGUCCGCUGCGAGGGUUUUUUCGAGAAGCAAAGCCCGACAUUUCUGCGGGACUGGAAAAGAAGAUACUUCGUGUUACACCGGGGAGUCUUGACCUGGUUUGUGGUGGACAAAAGCAGCGCAGGAGGAGCAUCUGCUUCAGGGGGUACUAGCAAAACCGCUGGACGAGGACCAGUUCGCACCACCUCUGUCACGAAUUCCGCUGCUUAUGUAACAUUAUCCUCUGCUGCGAAGAAGGGGGAGCUGGAUUUUCGGUUGCACAGCAUGCAGUUAGACGUGGUGAGAAAAAACAAACAGACAGGGGAAGUGUGGAGUGUGAUGAGCAAUUUUACUGGUAUUAACAGUACAACAAGCUCAAACUCAUCUGCUGUUGGGGGCAAGAUGAACGACGCGGCCUCUAUGAACGCAUCAGCUUCAGCCGCUUCUUCAUCGACUGCCGCCGCCAGUGCCGCGAGUACAACGACCGCAGGAACAUCAAGUGCUUCUAGAAUAUUAUCCGCAACACAGAGCAGCAGUAGUUCUACUUCGACUUCUUUUCAUCAGAUGUCCAAGCGCACCAAAAUCAUUUUAACGUCCUACACUAUGUCUGCUUCCCACCAGCAACAGCAUAACGCGUUUUUCUCAACUCCAGACAAUGAACAGUCACAACAAUAUGGUAUUACGUCAACACACCUAACGACCUCUACUUUCGAUCCGUCGCGACGCUACAUUUUCCGCUUCGAAACCAACCAGGAAGCCGAAAAGUGGUAUGCAAUGCAAAAGCAUCGUACUCGUACUAAUUGCAGUUAUGCAUUACAAAUCCAGGUAUUAAGGUAAACCCGCAUUACAAAUUCCAUUUCUAAUGCUGAGGAAAUUUGUAUUGCAAUCACUACUAGUACGAUGCUUUUGCAGUUCAUAAGUGGGCUAGGGCACUGAAGGCGCAUUUGGAGAUUUUUUCGCCUGUGGUAAUGGCAUCUUCCUGAUGAUGAUGAAGAAACUGCUGACUUCAUAUAAACAAGUGAUGGAAGUGAACGAAUAUCAAUAGCACGCUGGCUACACUUCAAAAAGAAACCCAAAUGCCUCCUUCCCGAAAUUUUAUUUUCAUCUCCUUCACAAGACAUAUUACCAGCUGCACCCGCAAAAACGUCAGCGGACCAGCGCGGCGAUCAUCGCAUGUAAGACGCGCAGUGGC